GACUCUGUUUGGCGGCAACCUCAAAGAUGAAAGUAGACACAAUAACAUCAAAAAACUGUCUAAACCUUGCUGCUGACCAAAAUACACACACAGAAAUUGCAUUUAUCAAAUAUCUGAAUCAAUCUUAUCAAUAAUCACCCUGAAAAUAACAGAAUGAAUUGCUUGGUUAGAGUAUUUUGGAUUUUCAAAAUUAUGAUCUAUGUCGACGGCAAGGCGAUGAUGUUUUAAAGUAUAGAUAUGACGAAAAAUCAGCGACAUGACAAGAAAAAAUCAAGCCCAAAGGGUAAAAGAAAGCUUGAUUUCAUUGAAAAGAAAAGAACAAAGACACCUUUAACAGGAAAAAGUAUCUUCCUGGAUAUCAAAGAAACUAAAGUUAAGAGACGGUUAGAAGAAGAUAUCAUCAAGCUUGGAGCUAAAGUAGAAGCAUUUCUAAGUAAAGACAUAAAUUAUUUGAUAACUGCCAACCCACCAGCAAAACAGACAGGAAAUGACGACAAAUAUGGAUCUCCAGAGAGUCCAUCCAUUUCUACUCCUAGUCCAUUUAACAUGGGUCCAUCCCCUUCACCAAGUAAUCCAGAGAGUGUCAAAAAUACAAACCCAACAGUUUCUCGGGGGAAAGCCAUAUACAACAAAGCCAAGAUUGCCACUAAGAACAAUAUUGUUGUGGAGAAUGCACAGAAAUGGGGUGUAAAGAUAGUUGGAUUGGAAGUUGCCAAGAAAUGGAUACAGAAGGAAGUUCUUAAGUUACCCCAUGAUACUAAGAAGGAUUUGAAAGGGAAGAAAAAUUGUUCUACAUCAAAAGGAGAUGAUUUUAAAGUUAAAAAACUAAAGAGGCCCUUUAUUAAGUUUGAAGACAACAGUCAUCAGUAUAAAAUUGUAUACAAACAUCUGGAAACAUGGCCACAUGUAAAUGUAGACACACCCAAAGGUACCUGUCCAUUUGAUGGUGCCAGAGUUGGGAAAGAUGAUGAGUCUGUGGUGGACAGGAGAGACAAGAUUGGGCUACCCAACAUAGAAGUACAUUCUGAGGAUGAAUGCAGGGAUGAUACAUGUGAUAGCAAUACACCAGUAGAUGGGAAAAUUAAAAAAUCUGACAGUAUUAUUGGUCCAGUAAGGAUUAUGACAGCAGGAGAAAUUAGACGUAGAGCAGAGCGGAAGAGGUUAUUAGAGAAGAAACGCGGAUACUGUGAAUGUUGUCAGAUCAGAUAUGAAAACAUAGAUCAGCAUAUCAGGAAUGAACAACAUAAGCAGUUUGUUAGGGAUAAAAAGAAUUAUGAAUCAUUAGAUAUUCUGAUUAAGACUGGUUCAAACUGUAACACAGCUAAGUUUUUACAGAGAACUCUCACUACACAUCUGAGAAAAGGCAAGACUAUCAGUGAAGAUAUAGAUACAUCAAUUCCUGAGGCCAAACAAUGGACUCCAAGAAAAUCUGCUGCAGCCAAAAUUGCAAUGAAAAAACAAAGAAAAGAAAGAAAGAAUGACUUCACUGUAGAGCAGAAGAAUCCUAGUACUGGAACUGUUCAACAAGCUGGUGAAACUAAAAAUGUCAAAGAAAAGAUAAAACGUAUUAUAAAAACUGAGGAAAAUGUUGAUGAUAGUAAAACUGAGCAGGAAGAAAGUUCUAUUAAAGGAAAGGAAUGUUUGAUUAUAUGUAAUGGGAAUGAAUCAAAUACUAAGGAUAGCAAAUGUCAAAAAUCAGAAGGGAAAAGGAAAAGAAAAGAAGCGGAUACUAGUAGAAAUGAAAGGGAUGUUGUUAUAGACAAACUAGAUGGAUUGACUGUCAAUAGUGAGGUCCAGAUCAGUUUGUCAACUUUGAAUGUAAACUCAUCAGGAAUGAAUACAAGUUUAAAUGAGGACAAUUUACUGAAUAUGACAUCUAAAGAACUAAAAGAUUAUCAGUUGAUGAUAAGUAAAAAUGAUAGGAUAUACAAUAAUGAUUCUGCUGAUAAAAUUGUUCAGGAUGCGGCAACUUGUAUCAAAAAUGGACAAACUACUAAGGGAGAUGAAUUACAAAAUAAUAAAAUUAGCAAAGAUAAGAUAAAACAAAGUUGUGCAAAGAAUGACCAGUUACCGCAUAAUCAUAAUGUUAGUAAAACAAGAAAUAAAAGUGAUAAACAAAUGAAUAAAGUAAUCAGUUGUGACAGUGAUAAAGUCAAUAAGAGUAUUGAAGAAUCACUCGAAAUGAACGUUGGUAUUGAGAACCAUUAUGUUCCUAAAGCAAAAUCAUUCUUUAUGCAACAAAAUAUGUCACUAUGCCGGGUAGACUGGGGUGAUGUAAAAAACGUUAAAACACAAGAUGUAAAGGUUGUUGUAAAAAGAUGGUCGCAAAAACUUGAAACGUCAAAUCUGCCAUUGAGGAAUAAUGUCACAGACAAAACAGACAAGGCUGACUUUAAAGGUACUGCCUCGACUGAAAAAUCCAAUGUGUCAAACAAUAUCAGAGAAAUGGCUGACAAGAAAAAAUACCAGAAAGUAUCAAAUGAUAUGAAAUAUUGCAAUGAAAAGACUAUUUGUACUAAUGAACUUUCAAAGCUGAGUCCUACCAGAAAGGUUAAAGGUUAUAACAAGACACCAGUGUUGUUACCAAUUCAAAAUGAUAUUCAACAAACUAAAAACAACAACAUGGAUGUUUAUGAUUUCAAAGAUACUCCACAGAAGUGUAAGGAUGUAUAUGCUUUGAGUAGUGAAAUCAGUCUGAUUGGGACAGAAUCUCCAAAAUUGAAUAGAAAACAUAAAACACCUACAUCAGCAAAUAGAAUGACACUACAAAGUAGGAAAUGUAAUUCAGGUAGCCCAAGAAGCGAAAUAAGUACAAUCCCUGGAUCAGCAAAAAAGAAAAUGUGGCGCAAACCUAAUUCCACUCCAGAAACUGCCAAGUCUGAUUCUAAAAAACUUCAUAGGCUAAAAUUGCCAGUUCAUUCUCAAAGUUCAUCCAACACAGAUUCCAGGUUAAAAUUAAACAUAAAUUUGACAGAAACUUGUCAGGAUUUGAAAACAAGUAAAAAGAUUAUAUCAGCUGAAACUGUAAUCAAAUCACCAAACAAGAAAAAAAAAUCAGUUGUAAAGGUAGCUAAAGAUGUUUGUGGAAAUGAGAAAAACACUGUCACAUGUGGUGGUAUGUUACGAAAAAGACAGAGGAACAAAAAAUUAAAUGAAAUGGAAAAAAACAUUCCCAAAACCAAAGAUAUUUCAUCAGAAAAGAAGAAAUUCUGUUUGACAUUAGGCACUGAAAAAGUAAGCCAUAGAUCCAGUCCUUUACAUUCAAGAGUGAUACAUACAUGUACUGAUAAUGAAAGAUAUCCAACAGAAUGUGGUCCUAAUAUUACAAACAAGAUACCUGCAAUAAAACAAUUAAGUCAAUCAAAACCAUUUUAUCUUGAUGAUAUAGGGAAGAGUAUGGAAAAAGGAAUGAACCCUAAAGAAAAAACACCCAAAAAAUCUCAGAAAUGUUUACAUCAGGAUUCUGGGAAUAGUUCUAGUAAGGGAAAAUCACCCAUGAAAAUAUUAGUUUGGAAGGCAGCAAAUUUGGAAAUAAAAAAAUCAAAGAAAGUAAAAUUAAAUAGAAGUUGGUCAUUACUUAGUGAUAGAAGUGUAGGGAAGCUACUUGCCAGUGAUGAUGGUAAUAAUGAACAGUUUGAAGGCUUCUCUAAGGAAGAUAUCACAGCAGAAAGUAGUCUAGAUAGCGACGCUUCGUUUGUGGAAACAACAGAAAUAGAUAUGGAUGAAAAUUCCCAUCAGGAAUGGGUAAUAAAUGCAGAAUUAGUCAAUGAAGACAGUAAUGAUAUACAUGACCUGGUUCCUGUGUUUACCUCUCCUGGAAAACGUUCUGACUCCUCGUGGGGAGAUGCUUGUGAGGAAUAUAUACUGUCACAAGUUUCAUUUAAUCCCUCAAAUACACAAAGUAUCAUAGAAACUUUCUCUAGUCCAAAAAAUUUACAGUUCUCUCCAAAAAAAAGAAAGAGACUUUGUAGCAUAGAAGAAGAUAAUAUCCACAAGAGUGCUAUAAACUCUUCAUUGUUAAGAACUCCAAAGCGCAGAAGAAAGAGGAGAAAAGUCAUUCAGAAUGGAAUUGAAAAGGUUGACAAUGAAAUAGAAUUUAAUCAUUUAAGUCCACAAAAGAUGAGAGGAUUUGUUAGUCCAGUAAAAAACUGUGAUGAAGAAACAAUGUUUUCAUCUAGUCCAUUGAAAGGUGUUUGUAGUACAUCCACUCCAUUUAGAUUGGUUUCUAGUAUUGAAGAGGGCAAUGAUUCUAAAUUUAGUAACAAUUUAAGUAGAAGUGCCCCUUUAAAUUUCACAUGUAAACAAAGAAAGUCUUGUGGGAAGUUGAAAUUUCAGAAAGAAACAAAUAAACUUAAUCAUCAUGGUAAAAAUAUUGGGAGUGAAAAAUCCAAAGAUGGAAUUAAGACGUCAAAAUUUUCUGUGAAAGCUGAACAUGGAAGAAGUAGGUCACGAAGUAGAAAAUGAUUAAUACAUGUAGUGCGUAUGUAAUGCUAAUGAAUCAAUUGAUAUAAGGCAAAACAAGUUGAAAAAAAUGAUCUCACAACCAGGUACUAAGAUAGCUUAUCUGUAUAGUGCAUACCCAUUAUGUGCAUCCGAAAUCAAAUUACCAGUCCGAAACAGCAUUUCCUAUCUCAUCAGUGUAAAUUUUUGUUCAAUUGCAUAGGUUAAGAGUGGCAAUUCUGUUAGACAUGUCCAAGGUUUUUUUUUUAAUUUGUUGGUUUACUUGUUGGCCAACCAAAUUUUGCAAUUUUCAGAAAAAGGAAAACUUAAUCGUAAUUCCAUGUUUUUUGCCUACCCUACAUAACACAUUGUGCAUUAUUAAAUAUAAAUAUUAUUAUAAAAUAAUGCACAUACAGUGUAUGACCUUUUUUAGCUCACCGGGGCCCCAUGUGAGCUUAUGCCAUCACUUGGCGUCCGUCGUCUGUCGUCGUAAACUAUUUAAAAAAUCUUCUCCUCUGAAACUGGCCUAAAUACCUUCAAACUUUAACUAAAUGUUCCUUAUGGUAUCUAGUUUAUAAAUUGUAUCCGAAAUUUUGAUCCAUCGACAAACAUGGCCGCCAUGGCUAAAAAUAGAACAUAGGGGUCAAAUGCAGUUUUUGGCUUAUAUCUCAAAAACUAAAGCUUUUAGAGCAAAUCUGACAUGGGGUAAAAUUGUUCAAUUGGUCAAGAUCUAUCAGCUCUGAAAUUUUCAGACGAAUCGAACAACCCAUUGUUGGGUUGCUGCCACCGAAUUGGUAGUUUUAACAAAAUUUUGCAGUUUUUUGUUAUUAUUUUGAAUAUUAUUAUAGAUAUAUAUAAACUGUAAGCAGCAAUAAUGUUCAGCAAAGUAAGAUCUACAAAAAAGUUAUAUGACCAUAAUUGUCAAUUGACCCCUUAAGGAGUAAUUGCCCUUUAAAGACAAUUUUACACAAUUGGUUCAUCAAGUUUGCUUACAUUUAGAAAUCUUCUCCUCUGAAACUACUGGGCCAAUUACCUUCAAACUUUAACUAAAUGUUUCUUAGGGUAUCUUGUUUAUAAAUUGUAUCCGAAGUUUGUAUCCAUCGACAAACAUGGCCUCCAUGGCUAAAAAUAGAACAUUAGGGUCAAAUGCAGUUUUUGGCUUAUAUCUCAAAAACUAAAUCUUUUAGAGCAAAUGUGACAUGGGGGAAAAUUGUUUAAUUGGUCAAGAUCUAUUGGCCCUGAAAUUAUCAGACGAAUCGAACAACCCAUUGUUGGGUUGCUGCCACCGAAUUGGUAGUUUUAACAAAAUUUGCAGUUUUUUGUUAUUAUUUUGAAUAUUACUAUAGAUAUAUGUAAACUGUAGCAGCAAUAAUGUUCAGCAAAGUAAGAUCUUCAAAAAAGUUAAUAUGACCAAAAUUGUCAAUUGACCCCUUAAGGAGUUAUUGCCCUUUAAAGACAAUUUUACACAAUUUGUUCAUCAAGUUUGCUAACAUUUAAAAAUCUUCUCUGAAAUACAGGUGAGCGAUUCAGGCUCUUGAGAGCCUCUUGUUUUCUUUCCCACCGCAGAUAGACCCAAACAUUUUCAGAGUAAAUAUAAGUAAAACUAACAAAUUAAACAUGCCUUAAUAGCAUAAAUAUAUUUGAAGGAAUGAUAAAAAAACAUUUUAUUUUUCCUUGUUUACUUCUUUUCUGUGAAGUGAAUGAUUUUUAUCUGUCAUAUAGGGCAUUAGGCUAUGCAGUUCUGAGGCAACUACUUUAUUCAUUUUUAGGGGGUUGAUUUUUAAAAUUUAUUUUUAGACUGGUAAAGUUUUUAAGAUAUAGAAAUGUUGUUCAAUACUCUUGUAUACCUCACUGUUUUUAGUCAAUAGUAUCAUGCAUUGAUCAUUGUAUUUGACUACCAUCUUAAUCUUUUGUACUUUUUUAACACAAUAUAUAUAUGAAGAGUUAAAAUAUUCUAUGCAUCACUUUAGUUAUUUAUUUGUGUUGAGAGAAAAUUUAUAAAGAUUAGUUUAGCAAACUCAAAAGUCUGAUGUGAUAUAUUGCCAUCACUUAGACUUUCUGUCAUUUUGAAAUCUUUCACCUACCUCAUCUCAUUUUCAUGUUUUUCAGCAACUUCUUAAUAAAACUAUUUUUUUUGUCAGUUGAAUUUCUCACUUAUAAUGACGAAUAGUAUAUGGUAUAUAGGAUCCUUGAAGGGUCUACAUGUCCAUCAGAAAAGUGAUCACCUGACCUCGACCUCAUUUCAUGGAUCAGUGAUCAAGGUAAAGUUAUUUGAUUAGGUUUCAUUUCUCAGAUACUAUAAGCAGUAGGACAACUACAUUUGGUGUAUGGAACAUGUGGAAUAAUUGUAAGGUGUACAUGUCUAUGGCAUUUUCAUGAUUCAUUGAUCAAUGUAAGUUUGAGUGUUUUGAUUGGUUUCUUAGAUACUUUAAGCAAUAGUUCAACUUUAUGUGGUACAUGGAAUGAUUGUAAUGUGUACACGACUGUCAGGCAGGUGUCAUUUGACCUUGACCAUAUUUUCUUAGUUCAUUGGUCAAUGUUAAGUUUUCCUGGUUAUGUCUGUUUCUCAUAUACUAUAAGCAAUUGUUCAACUAUAGUUGGUCACUUUAUUAUUUUGCUAUAUGGAAUGAUUUUACAUGUCUGUCUGGCAGGGUUCUUCUAACCUUUACCUAAUUUACAUGGAUCUUGGAACAUUUUAAGGUUACCUGAUACUUACAGUAAAACCUCUACCUACAAGAACUUCAACCUAAAAUCAAUCAUGAUCAGUAAAGCAGGCAAGACUCUUCAGCCUGUGCACUCAUCGUCAUGGUUCAGCAACUGCUUUUGUCAUAUGAAUUUCUCCCUUAUUAUUAGAACUUAGAUAACUAUAUUUGGUAUUCGUAUCCUUGCAAGGUCUACAUGUUUGUCAGACAGGGUUUACCUGACGACUUCAUUUCAUGGAUCAGUGGUUAAUAAAAUUGAGAAUGGAAAUGGGGAAUAUGUCAAAGAGACAAAAACCAGACCAAAGAGCAUAAAACAGCCCAAGGCCACCAAUGGGUCUUCAACACAGCGAGAAAAUCCAACACCCAGAGGCUGGCUUCAGCUGGCCCCUUAACAAAAAUAGUAUAAGUUUUUUGUGAUUUCCAGAUACUAUAGGCAGUAGGCCAACUAUAUUUGCUGUACGCAAUGAUUGGAAGGUGUACAUGUCUGUCUUGGAGGUUUUAUCUGACCUUGACCUUUAUUUACUGGUAAAUUGGUCAAUUUUAAGUUUUUUGGGUUGAGUUGUUUCUCCGAUACUUUAUAUUUUGAUGUUCAUUUCCAAUUACUGACAGUAACUUUUACAUAAUUUAUAUGGGUUCAGUAAACAAACAGAAAUUUUUGAAGUGCGGAUUGUCAAGGGACUUAAGUGUGUGCUAUACUCUUUAUUACUGGUAAUGCAAUAACAUUCUGAUGAAAGUUUACUGGCACAUGUUUUCCUAAUAAUAGAUGUUAACUUGUCAGCAAUAAAGGUUGGAACAGAGAUGAAAUACAUAAAUAUGUUUAUGGCGUGUAUAUUUCUGUCAAACACCCAAACCUUUCUGCCAAUUCAUGUUUUUUUCAAAUAAAUACUUGCGAGAAACCUGAUAAGUUAUGCAACUAAAUUAUUGAUAUUGAUAAAACUUUUGUAUGAAUUUCACCUGCUCACACAGGAACAUAUGCAAACAAUGUGGUUCCUAUGAUUUUUCACUCUAAAACAUGAAUUUAAUCAGUUUUGAUAUAAUUUUGACAAACCCAGUCAUUUAUAGCUAAAUUAAUUAGUUUCAAACCUGGCAACACCUUAAAAAGACCGAUGAUGUUGGGUACCUGUUUACCUGUCAAAUAAACUAUAUUAAGGGUGGAAUGAAUGUAAGGUGUACAUAUUUUUCUGUCCGGGUUUAAUCUGACCUUGACCUUAUUCUCAUUGUUCAUUGGUCAAUGUUAAGUUUUCCUGGUUAGGUCUGUUUCUUAGAUACUAUACUUGUAAGCAAUGGGUUCACUCUUUGGUGCAAGAAAUGAUUUUAAGGUUGUCUGUCUGGCAUGUAUCAUAUGACCUUGACCCCAUUUUCAUGGUUCAAUGUUUAAUGUUAAUUUUGUAUGGUUUGGUCUGUUUCUUAGAUACUACAAGCAAUUUUUUAACUAUAUUUGGUGUAUGAAAUGAAUGUAAGAUGAAUAUGUCUGUCUGGUAGGUUUUAUCUGACCUUAUCUUCAUUGUCGUGCAUCAUUAUUAAUGUAAAGAAUAUGUGAUACUUGUAGUCAAAAUUUAUCUUGAAGAAUUUCAAAAUUAAAUCAAUCAUGGUCAGUAAAGCAGGUGAGACAUUUCAGCAUGUACACUCUUGCUACUCAUGCAGUUAUGUUUAUUUUUCAGGAUUAAUUCUGUUCCUAAGCAACUAUAAAUAUAUCAUGACAGGUCUACAGUAUGGCAUAUAUGUAUUUGUUUUGAAUUGUACUUAUGUCUUUCUGAAACAGCAGAUGGUCUUGAACGCAUUCAUGGUUGGGUUUAAGAUUUGAUUUUUGUUAGGUCAGUAUGUUGGAAAUUAUUCUUGAUAAAAUUGAAAUGAUCUUGCCGACAGGCUUCAUUAGAUCUUGACUUCAGUUAUGGAGUGAUAUGGCCUGUAGAAUAAAUCAAAUAUUGCAGCAGAUGAGACAUUUUAUUGUGUCAACUCUUGUUUAAUAAUACAGAAAUCAAGGAGUACCCCUGAUGUAGCCAUAUUUUGCUGAGCAGUUCAUAGUUCUACAUUAUAAUUUGUUUUUCUUUUUCUGUCUUCAUAUCUAUGUGACACUUUGUAUUUUUAUUUGUGUUUUAUAUGCAAUAGCAAUAAUAGUUGUAUAGUGUUACUGAAUAUCAUUACAUUUUUAUAUCUUAUUUGAUGCACUUUAUAUAAGACUGAUAAUACCUAGUGUUUCUAUAAAUGUGAUGCUGGAUUACUUUACUUUCGAGUCAUUUUAUGUUAUUUCCAUUAGCUGAAGAUUUCUAAUUAAAAUGAUAUAUACUACA